AUGGAGCCUCUUCAUACCCUGGUCGCAAGGGACUCUUGUGAAUCCGGCAAUGACUUCGACGGCCGCAUGGGCCUGCGUAUCUCUUCAAUCUUUGUCAUCCUCAUUGGUUCAGCAUGCGGAGCUCUGUUCCCUGUCAUGGCCCGGGGGUUCAAGGACUCCAAAAUUGCAAAAUGCGCCUUCUUCAUUGCCAAAUACUUUGGCUCCGGUGUCAUUAUUGCCACGGCAUUCAUCCAUCUUCUGGCACCGGCAGAAGAGGCGCUAACGGAUUCCUGCCUGACGGGCCCAAUCACAGAAUACUCAUGGGUCGAGGGCAUUGUCCUCAUGACAAUUGUCGUCUUAUUCUUCGUGGAGCUAAUGGUCAUGCGAUUCGCACGUUUCGGACACGGCCACGCUCAUGACGAUGAAGAAGACGACCACCACCACGUGGAGAUGGAGCAUUCCGUCUCCCCAUCUCCAGCUGAAUCAGUGGACUUGAAGGGCCACAUGCCAGGAGAGGACCAUCUCGGCCACUCCCGCGAACACCACGACAUCGAGCACGGGAAGAAACAUUCCGAUCUGGAGGAAUACAUGGCUCAAUUAACCUCCAUCUUCAUUCUAGAGUUCGGAAUCAUCUUCCACUCCAUUUUCAUCGGAUUGACCCUGGCAACCACCGGCUCAGAAUUCGUCACCCUCUACGUCGUCCUCGUCUUCCACCAAACCUUCGAAGGUAUGGGUCUAGGCUCCCGUCUGGCUACGGUCCCUUGGCCCAAGUCCAAAAAAUGGACCCCUUACCUCCUAGGUCUCGGCUACGGCAUCUCCACCCCGAUCUCCAUCGCAAUCGGUCUGGGUGUGCGCAAUUCCUAUGCCUCUGACGGCGCCACGACGUUGAUCGUCAGCGGUGUCUUCGACUCCAUUUCCGCCGGUAUUCUCAUCUACACCGCCUUGGUGGAGCUCCUCGCGCACGAAUUCAUGUUUAGCACCUCGAUGCGCAAAGCCCCGAUCCACAUUGUCCUGGCCGCCUUCGGCCUCCUCUGUCUGGGAUCUUUGUUAAUGGCCCUGUUGGGUAAAUGGGCUUGA